AUGGCUACUAACAAUGGUGUUAAUGUUGAUCAAGUGCUUAGCAUUGGGACAAUUGUCCAGCUAAACGGUAAUAAUUAUAAGAAAUGGAGGGCUGAUAUGGAUCUCUAUUUGCUGGGACAAAGUCUUGACUGGUGUCUCAAGGAGGCUGAACCGGUGUUAGUUGAGGAUAGUACUGCUCAACAGAAGGAGCACAAGGAGAAGUGGAAUAGAGCCAAUAGAAUAUGCAUCCUAACCAUUAAGAAAACCCUUUCUGAUAUUGUGAGAGGAGCCAUAGCUGAUAAGACCCAUGCUGGUGAGUAUUUGAAGUGCAUAACUGAUAAGUACCAAAGCAGUGAUAAGAUAGAGUCUGGAAUGUUGUUAACUAAGUUGCAGAGCAUGAAGUUUAGCAUGAAUCUGAACAUAAGGAAGCACAUUAUGCAGAUGAUUAACAUCUCAGUCCAACUUGGUGACCUUGGCAUGAGUCUAGAUGAUGACUUUAUGGUUUAUCAAGUUCUUCACUCACUGCCUGAUCAAUUCGAUAGUCUUCAAACAACCUACAAUACCCAGAAGGAUAAGUGGACUUUAGAGGAGCUUAUUGCAAUAUGUGUGCAAGAGCAUGAGAGGCUGAAGAGGAAUAAGGCUAUUGAUGUGAACCUUAUCACUAAGCCACAGUGGAAGAAUGCCAAGGGUAGGAACCAGUUAAACCAAACCUUCAUAAGAAGCCUGAGAACAUGA